ACAAUGAGAAAUGACACCGUGGUAACAACAUUCAUUCUCCUAGGACUGACCGAUGAUCCAAACUGGCAAAUUGUAAUUUUCUUUUUUCUAUUUAUAACAUAUAUAUUGAGUAUCAUCGGAAAUCUGACAAUUAUCUUGCUCACUCUGUUGACUUCCAAACUCAAGACACCCAUGUAUUUCUUCCUUCGGAAUUUUUCAUUUUUAGAAAUGUCAUUCACAUCUGUCUGCAUUCCUCAGUACCUAUUUAGCCUUGUGACUAGGGAUAAAACUAUUUGCUAUGAGGCUUGUAUGACACAACUAUUUUUUGCCAUGUUGUUUGGCAUAUCAGAGUUUUUCCUGUUGGCUGCCAUGUCCUAUGACCGCUAUGUGGCCAUCUGCAAACCCCUUCACUAUACGACAAUUAUGAACAGCAGAGUUUGUACCCAGCUUGUUGCUGCCUGUUGGUUGGUCGGCUUGUUAAUUGUGUCUCCUGGACUUAUCUUGUGCUUGGGGUUGGAAUUCUGUGAUGACAAUCUUAUUGAUCAUUUUGGAUGUGACCUUUCUCCUUUCCUAAAACUCUCCUGCACAGACACACGGACCAUAGAUUUGUUAGGCUUUAUUUCAGCCAUUUUCAUAUUGCUGAUUACAUUGACAUUGGUGAUACUCUCCUACGUAUGCAUCAUCAGAACAAUUCUGAGAAUCCCUUCUGCCCAGCAGAGGAAGAAGGCUUUUUCUACCUGUUCCUCCCACAUGAUUGUUGUCUCCAUCUCUUAUGGCAGCUGCAUUUUUAUGUAUAUCAAGCCUUCUGCACAGGACACAGUUGCUUUAAACAAGGGGAUAGCUGUACUCAACACAUCAGUGGCACCUGUCCUAAAUCCUUUUAUAUAUACCCUCAGAAAUAAACAAGUGAAAAAUGCCUUAAAUGAUAUCAUUCAAAAAUUUAUCUUCUUUACCUUAAAAAAAUAA